AUGCAGCUACCAGGAGGUACAUCUGGAGGCACACUUGAAAAAAAAAUGGAAAGCAUUGGCGAUGUCAUAUGCGUAAUAAAUUGUCUGAUCUUGCGACUUAUAGUAGAAGAAAGGCUCGACGACAGCUGGGCCCUUACAGCUAGCAUCGUCACGUUUCUGAGCGGAGUAACAUUCUUAUCGCACGAGAUUGGCAACACAUUCAUAUGCUACUACAGAUAUAAGACUUUCUAUGGUAACGCUAUUUGGCGAACACGGAAGAUUGUGAUAAUUAUCAUGAUACAGUAUGGGGUAGCCCUACUUUGUUUUCCGCAUCUUUAUGGUAAAAGUGUUGUGAUAAUAAAAGACAAAGACGACUGGAUUUACAAAGGAUUUGACAUCAAAUUAGAUGUGAUUUCACGAUUUAUAUAUGUACUUUCUGCUGGUAUCGCAACUGUUGCAUGCUCUCUGUUCAACAUAUUCACCUUAAGGAAGGUGUAUGCUGCCGUCGGAAGGACCGUGGCUAUCAAAAAUGUUGAAAAGCCGAUAUUUUCAGUUCUUUUACACCGCCGAUGUGAUGAUGCUGAUGAAUGGUUAUCUGUUAUUGGUUCUAUCAAAGGAGAUCAGGCGAAUAUUGUGGCCAAAAUGCGUAAUCAGGAAGAAUAA